AUGUAUUAUUUUGGAAGCUUUUUAAUCUGCUCCUGGAAAGCUCAGCUACGGAAUAAUACAACUAGAAAAAUCUUCCCCCAGGCAAGAAAUGCCAGUACAGCAGGUCAGCUUUGUAGGGGAAAACGUGCUCAAAAUGUAAUAACAGCAUUAAAAGAUAACAGAACUUUUAUUAUAUCCCCAUACUUUGAUGACAGAGAAAGCAAAAUCACUCAUGUGAUUGGGAUUGUUCACCAUGAAGAUGUAAAACAACUAUACUGCUGGUUCUGCUGUCAGCCCGAUGGAAAGAUGUAUGCAUCAAAAGCAAAAAUUGAUGUCCACUCAGAUAGAUUUGGAUUCCCUUACGGUGCAGCAGAUAUAGUUUGUUUGGAACUCAAAAACUGUGAGCCAACACAUGUAUCGAUUCAUCAGUCUCCACCUGGAAAUACUGACCAGCUGCCAAGGUUUGAAAUUAAAAACCGCAAAGCUGAGACCUUUUCUGUUGACUUCACUGUAUGCAUCUCUGCCAUGUUUGGAAAUUACAACAAUGUCUUGCAGUUUAUACAGAGUAUGGAAAUGUACAAGAUUCUUGGGGUACAGAAAGUGGUGAUCUAUAAGAACAACUGCAGCCAUCUGAUGGAGAAAGUCUUGAAGUUUUAUAUGGAAGAAGGAACUGUAGAGAUAAUUCCCUGGCCAAUAAACUCACACCUCAAGGUUUCUUCUAAAUGGCAUUUCAUGCAAGAUGGAACACACAUUGGCUACUAUGGACAAAUCACAGCUUUAAAUGACUGUAUAUACCGUAACAUGCAGAGGAGCAAGUUUGUGGUUCUUAUUGAUGCUGAUGAAAUAAUUCUUCCCCUUAAGCACCCAGACUGGAUGACAAUGAUGAGCAGUCUUCAGGAGCAAAACCCGGGGACUGGCAUUUUCCUCUUUGAGAACCAUAUCUUCCCAGAAACCAUAUCUACUCAUGCGUUCAACAUUUCAUCCUGGAAUACUGUGCCGGGUGUUAACAUAUUACAGCAUGUUCACAGAGAGCCCGACAGGAAAAAUGUAAUCAAUCCCAGGAAAAUGAUAAUUGAUCCGCGAAAGGUGAUUCAGACUUCAGUCCACUCUGUUCUACGCGCUUAUGGCAACAGUGUGAACGUUCCCAUGGAUCGGGGGGAGGCGGGGGGCGGGCGCGCUGUUGGCAUCUUCGUCUGCCGGGCUGCUGGGGCCGAGGGGGGUGUCGGGCUGCGGCUCCGGCUCGGGAUCCUGAAGGACAAUGCUAAUGGUGGAGGGUUAAAGAAGGAUGACGGAAAAGAAGGUCUGAAAAUAGAAGUUGUACAGCAAAGGGGAUCAAAAUUAAUGAGUCACACGUUGGGAAAACCAUGA